GCCGGUUGCUAAGGAGACGGGCUGCAACCACUAGAAAGGAUUCGCGGUUUCACCCCGGAUGACAGCUCCCUGGAUUGGGCGCUAUUGAUCCAGCUAGCGGUUCGUUUUCCCUUUGCUUUUUUAAUUGGGUGCGGUUGAAAGGCUGCGUCCCUGGGUGCUCGGCGGUAUUCUUGCCAUCCACUUUCGGAAAAGACAGCGUUUGCCGAAAAAAUUAACAAAGAUGAUAGCGAGAAAGACGGCCUACGACUGGGAUAAGAAAAGUACUUCAACUUCAAAUCCAGACACAGAAAUGAAACCUGAACAACUGCCUCCUUGUGUGAACCCUGGCAAUCCUGUGUUUUCAUGUAUGUUGGACCCAAAGACACUCCAUACAGCUACCUCACUAUCAAAACCUCAGAUGAUUAUGUAUAAAACCAAUUCAAGUCAUUAUGGUGAAUUUUUACCUAUGCCGCAGUUUUUUCCCUGCAAUUAUACUCCAAAGGAGCAAGUAUUUUCAAGCCAUAUCAGAGCAACUGGACUUUAUCAAAAUAACACUCUAAAUACUGCACCUGACAGAAACAGAACCCUUGAUUUUCCUAAUUUUCAACACACACUAUGAAAAUAUAUUCCUUUGUAUAUCUAAGAGGAAAUAUACUCAGGAAAAAUAAGUUUUAAAACUAAGGCUAGAAUUCCUAAUUUACAAUAUAAAAAUAAUUGAAUCAGUUUUAAAAAUAACUUUAAGAAAUAAAGUAUUUCAGCUGAUAA